AAUUUCGCAUUCGGGUACGGAUUGCUCCUUGUUGAUGUCGUAUUUUGCUUGCUUGCUUGCAGUGCACUCACUCCCUUCGAACGUGUUGGGAUCUGGGUUAUUUGUAUUGCAGACCCUUUUUCGCACACUGUUCUGAAGGGGAGUAGUUGAUUAACGAGUUGCGCCAGGUGAGCUGUCUCGAAUCAUCCGGAAGAUAUUUGAGGGAGUGACUGCACAACAAGCAUUGCCCUGCGAACAUAACCUCUGAGAAUGCCAAGAAAAGCUCGUAAAUACAAGAAGCGCAAGCGAGGAUACAGAAGAAGAUUGUGUGCUCCUAAAAAAGGAUGUCCUCGCUACUCUGGAACGAAGCAACUGUUUGCAAGCUGUCGUCCUGAUGUGGCAGGAGAUGAUGACUUCCGUGGAUUUGACGUUGCACCACUUCCACCAAAGCCUGCUAAUGAGGGAAUAUGUAUGCUUUCUCUCUUUGAUGGUAUUGGAACAUCAAUAUUAGCUUUAGACUCGAUUGGCAUACCUGUUAGGAAGUACUAUUCGAGUGAGGUUGACGAAAAGGCCAAUAUGGUUUUGAAGUUUAAUCACAGCAGCAGAAUAACCAUGAUUGGUUGUGUUACGACAAUUAGUAAUGACACUCUGGAAUCUCUUGAUAACAUAAAUUUGUUAUUGGGUGGCAGUCCUUGCCAACAAAUUAGCAGGGCUAAUCCGUUGAAGAAAGGUUCGCAAGCUCCUGGGUCAUCAGCAAGCCUUUUCUAUGAAUAUGUGCGUAUCAGAGACCACUUAGCAAAGUUAGCUGAAGAUAGGAAAGAAAAUUUUUUUUGGCUAUUUGAGAAUACAUUUUGUACGGAUCACGUAACAUUGGUUGAGAUGACAAGGUGCCUGGGGACCCAUCCAGCAAUGCGAUGCGCGUCAGAAUACGGGAGUGCAAUGAAGAGGAAAAUGUAUUGGUGGGGUAAUAUCCCACACUUACAUGACUUGCCCAAGAGCCAAGUGGAAUAUCCCAAUUUACAGGAUUUCUUGAUGCCUUACCGCUCUGCAGGAGUGCCUCUUCUGCCCACAUUGACAUCAACUUUUCACUCUCAGCUCUGUGGCAAAGAGAAAUCAUUGCCUGUCAUAGAGGGCACCCAGAGAGCACCUCUAUUGUUGACAGAGAUGGAAGAGCUAUUUGGUGUGGGCCGCCACUAUACUGACGUAGGCAUUUCACAAUCAGAUCGAUGGCGACUUUUAGGAAAUGCUUGGGCUGUUCCUGUCGUAGUUGACAUUCUGAAGCACCUCAAGGCCGAGUUCUGCAAAGCUGCAAGUGUGGAUUGAAUUUGUAUAUUGUGUUUUGUACUCUCUGUAUCAGUUAGUUCCAUACUGCACUUAAAAAAUUUAAAUAUGAAAUUAUAAAGUGUUAUUGUACUUAAUUGUAUUCAUAAUCUUCCAUUCUUUUAAACAUUGUCAGGAUACAUUGAUGGACUACAUAAAGUUAAAAACAUGUAUUUUUUUCUUUUUGUCUUCAACAUGAACGCAGAAUAGAGGAUCUUACAAAUAAUA